UGACUUUUGACAACUUCAAAAUCCAGGAACACGAAUGGUGUGUUGUCACGUAUCAUGUGUUAAGUAUUAUGUUAUAAGAGAAAAUAAUCAUCUAUUAAUAAUUAACAAACAGUCAAACCCAUGAUGAGUCUAACGACCAUCUUCCUAGUCGCACUAAUUUUCCACAAAACCGUCCAGAACGACGUGAGGGGAUUCGAUGAUUCCGUGCUCUUUAGCCUAAACUGGCCUGGAGAACUUCUCCCAGAAGAUAUAAACGCAGACGACGAGACUAUAAUAGUGACGUCCGAGCAUAAAGAGCAGUACAAGUGUUACAUUCCUAGCAUAACUGAAAAAGAAUCGAAUCUUGAUGAGAAAUAUGAUGGCCCCACAGCGCUGGAGCUCAUUUCGCCUCUCUUUACGCAAACGAUGUGCUCGUUCAGAUUGGAAUCCUACUGGACAUAUGAAGUUUGCCACGGCAGGUAUAUUAGGCAGUACCAUGAGGACAGAGAAGGGAAAACAACAAAGGUGCAGGAGUAUAUCUUGGGUAAGUGGGAUGAGAGUUACUUUGAAAAGCUGAUGUCGAAUGCCAAGGAGGAGGAACUGGACACAACUUCACCGAUUCCUGUGAAGAAGAUCGACAAUGUAAAUUUACCCUACUAUGAACUUACAAUGGGCAACGGCACGUCGUGCGAGUUAAACAAUAACAAGCCUCGCGUGACGAAAGUGCUUUACGUUUGCUAUAUUCACGGCAAACAUGAGAUGUAUUCUCUUAAAGAAACUUCAACCUGCGUGUAUGAAAUAAUAAUUUUGUCUCCGUUACUCUGCACACAUCCCAAAUACAAACCGGCAGAGUCAGGCGAACACAAAAUCAACUGCGUUCCUCUGGGCAAUAGCUACAAGAUGCCUUACAGUCUAGCGAAGUUGAUGCACGAUUCGGCGGAGCUGCGUGGAAAGUCAGAUUUGUCGGAUAGAUUCUCUUUGGAACUGAUCAAGCUAGACAAAGAUGAACCAGUCAUCAUCCCUGAAAAGAACGUGCAUGAUACUUCUCCCGUUGAAAGUUUUUUGAAAGGUGAGAACUGCUUGAAUGGUGGAACAGGCUGGUGGAAAUUUGAAUUCUGCUAUGGCAAAUCCGUCGAGCAGUACCACUUCGAGAAAGAUGGCAGGCGGAUUUCAAUAAAUCUUGGUAUUUUUGACAAGCAGAAACACCUAGACUGGAUCAAAAACAACCCCAACAAGAGGCCGAAACCGAUCCAACAGCGAAAACAAAUCUCACAUUUAUACUCUGGAGGAUCAGUGUGUGAUAAAACAGGCAAGCCCAGACAAACAGAAGUUAGAUUGAAGUGUUUGCAGAACCCUCCAAGCCACAACACUGUAUCGCUUUAUCUGCUGGAGCCCAAAUAUUGUCAGUACAUACUGGGAGUUGAGUCUCCACUGAUAUGCGAUAUUCUGCCCAGGGCUGAUGAAAAUGGUCUGGUUGAUGUCUUAGGAAAUGAGUUGAGCGAAAGUGAAAGCACUGCAACUAUCAAUAUAAGGUUGUGAUAGGAAAUU